GCAGCUGUACGUUCGACACGCCUCCAUCAGCUGCAAUUUGCAGAACGUCCUGAUCUGGGACCAGGAAAACGGGCUACCGAGCGAAGGGCGUCCUAUUGAAUUCCGAAGUGUCAUUUCCUGUACGUUAAGGACGCUCUGAAUAAGGAGUCAAUAUGUCACGGAGUAAACAAACUCGAGUGCUGGUCCUUAAUGACAUGGAGAAACUCGACAGGACCCUUUUCCGUUUGGAACAAGAGUUCGAGCUGCAGUUUCGGCUGGGACCCACCCUCCAGGGGAAGCAUGUGUGUGUGCAUACCAACUACCCAACCGAGGGAGUGCGCUUUGAUCGGCACAGGUACCACACACUCGAGUGGGUCAACCCAACCGGCCGGGAGGACGACUCGGACAAGUUCUGCUCCCUCAAGCUGCAGAUUGCUGGAUCUUACCACUAUUACUUUGGGCAUGGAGAUGACGAGAAAGUGGGAGGGGGUUACAUAGUGGUGGAUCCCGUGCUCCGUGUUGGAGCAGACAACCACGUCUUGCCCCUGGACUGCAUCAGCAUCCAGACGUACCUGGCCAAGUGCCUGGGCCCCUUGGAUGAAUGGCUCGACAGGCUCAUGGUAGCCAAACAGGCAGGCUAUAACAUGGUCCACUUCACACCGCUGCAGACGCUGGGUAAAUCUCGGUCCUGCUACUCUCUGGCCGACCAACUGCAGCUGAACCCCGAGUUCUCUCGGCCUGGCCAAAAUUACACCUGGACUGAUAUGGCUGCACUGGUGGAGAAGAUGAAGAAGGAGUGGAAUAUGCUUUGCAUUACUGAUGUGGUCUACAACCAUACAGCUGCUAAUAGUGCCUGGAUCAAGAAUCACCCGGAGUGUGGCUACAAUCUUGUGAACUCGCCCCACCUCCGGCCCGCGUGGGUGCUGGAUAGAGCCCUGUGGUAUGUGACCUGUGACAUCGCCGAUGGCAAAUACGCUCAGCGCGGGGUCCCGGCUGUUGUAGAGACGGACCACCACCUUAACGUGAGUGCCAUCCGUGGAAUCUUCUGGCAGGAUGUGUUUCCCAAAAUUAAGUUAUGGGAGUACUUUCAAGUCAAAGUUGAACCAGCAGUGGAGAAGUUCAGAACUUUGCUCCAAAGCGGGGCCAAGCCUGAUGGGAGCAAAACCGAUGGCAAGAAGCAGCUCAGGAUAAUCCAGGACCCUCAGUACCGACGCUUUGGAAGCAUGGUGGACAUGAAUUCAGCCCUGGAAAUCUUUGUCCCAAAUGGGAACAGUCCGGGGGCCAUCGAGGACUGCUGCAACUGGCUCAAAAAGAGACUGGAAGAGCUGAACAGUGAACAGUACAAAGAGAUCAGCUAUCAUCAGGAGCAGGCUGUUAACUGUUGCAUGGGUACCGUGUGUUAUGAGCGUCUGGCCGGUCAUGGCCCCAAAAUGGGUGCCGUCACCAGAAAGCAUCCCCUAGUUACAAGGUACUUCACGUUCCCGUUUAAAGAGACGACCCUGGAGCAGGAUCUGCUGCUCAUGGACCAGCCAGAAAAAGCAUGUCACUUCCUGGCCCACAAUGGAUGGGUGAUGGGGGAUGAUCCGCUGAGGAACUUUGCUGAACCAGGCUCUAACGUCUAUGUGAGGAGGGAGCUGAUCUGCUGGGGCGACAGCGUGAAGCUCCGCUACGGCAACGGCCCUGAAGACUGCCCCUACCUGUGGGCUCACAUGCAGAAGUACACGGAGAUCACGGCCAAGCACUUCACGGGCGUCCGGCUGGACAACUGCCACUCCACACCGCUGCACGUGGCCGAGGCCAUGCUGGCUGCAGCCAGGGCGGUCAGGCCCAAUCUGUAUGUGAUAGCCGAGCUGUUUACUGGCAGCGAACUGAUUGACAAUGUGUUUGUAAACCGGCUGGGAAUAACCAGUCUCAUCCGAGAGGCGAUGAGUGCCGGCGACAGUCAUGAGGAGGGCCGGCUGGUGUACCGUUAUGGUGGUGAACCCGUGGGAGCCUUUGUCCAGCCUAGCCUCCGACCUCUCGUACCCAGCAUCGCCCACGCCAUGUUCCUGGAUGUCACCCAUGACAACGAGUGCCCCAUCCAGACUCGCUCAGCAUUCGACUCGUUGCCCAGUUCUGCGAUCGUCUCCAUGGCCUGCUGUGCCACGGGAAGCACCCGCGGCUACGAUGAGCUCGUGCCCCACCAGAUCUCAGUGGUGUCAGAGGAGCGUUUCUACCAGAAGUGGAACCCCCAGGCUGAGCCCUCCAAGCCUGGAGAGGUCAGCCUGCAGUCAGGUAUCAUAGCUGGCAAGCUGGCACUCAACCGGCUGCACCAGGAGCUGGCAGCCAAUCGUUUCAACCAGGUGUUUGUGGACCAGGUGGAUGAGGACAUUGUCGCAGUGACACGUCACUGUCCCAGCUCGCACCAGUCAGUUGUGGCUGUGUGUCGCACCGCUUUCCAGAACCCCAAGCACCACAGCUACUCGGAUGAGGUUCCUCCCAUGUUCAUCCCUGGUAAGAUCGAGGAGGUGGUACUGGAGGCACGCACGAUUGAGAGGCAGGCUGGCUCCUACGUGAAAGACAUGAAGAGCAUUAACGGCCUACCUGGGUUCACCGUGGAGAUUAAAGAACACAUCCAGCUGAAGGACAGUGGGGUGGUGAAGCAGGCAGGGGUGACGUCCCGAGGGCGGAGUGAGUUUGUGCAGGAGAUCGUGUUUGAGCGCCUCACGCCUGGCAGUGUCAUCGUUUUCAGGGUAAGUCUGGACCCUAAAGCCCAGGAGCUCGUUGGGGCCCUGAGGAACCUCCUCGUUCAGUUCAACCCACACUACCAGGCAGGCAGUGUGCGGGAUGAGAAUGCCCCAGCCAUACUGAAGACCCCACUGGCACAAAUAAUUGAGAAGCUGACUCUGGCAGACAUGAACGUGCUGAUGUUUCGCUGCGAAGCAGAGGAGAAGGAAGAUGGAGGAGGCUGUUACAAUAUCCCUGGCUGGACCAGCCUCAAGUAUGCUGGCCUGCAAGGCCUGAUGUCAGUGAUGAGUGACAUCCGUCCCAAUAAUGAUCUGGGUCACCCCUUCUGUGACAACCUGAGGCAGGGUGACUGGAUGAUCGACUACGUGAGUAACCGGCUGGUGUCUCGGGGAGGAGUGCUCGGAGAGGUGGGACAGUGGUUUCAGGCCAUGUUCAGUUACCUGAAACAUAUCCCUCGCUACCUCAUCCCCUGCUACUUCGAUGCCAUCAUGGUUGGGGCCUACACCACUGCCCUGGAUGCUACUUUCAAACAGAUGUCUAGUUUCAUCCAGAAAGGCUCGACCUUUGUGCGUCUGCUGGCCCUGGGCUCGGUACAGAUGUGUGGCGUGGGCCGUUAUCCCGCCCUGCCCCCGCUCUCUCCUGCACUGCCCGGCAUCCCCUACCGCACCAAUAGCAUCACCAAGCAGAAAGAACAGUGCUGUGUCUCCAUGGCAGCAGGUUUGCCUCAUUUCUCUUCUGGAAUUUUCCGCUGCUGGGGUAGAGACACGUUCAUCGCCCUGCGGGGACUCCUGCUUGUUACCGGGCGUCAUCUAGAGGCCAGGAACAUCAUUCUGUCCUUUGCCGGGACACUAAGGCAUGGCCUGAUCCCCAACCUGCUGGGCGAGGGCGUGGCAGCCCGCUACAACUGCCGCGACGCAGUCUGGUGGUGGCUGCAGUGUGUCCAGGACUACUGCAAAAUGGUGCCCAACGGGACGAGCAUCCUCCAGUGCCUCGUGUCCAGGAUGUACCCCACUGACGACUCACAGCCUCAAGCCCCCAGCACACUGGACCAACCCCUGUACGAGGUGAUACACGAGGCCCUGCAGCGACACAUGGAGGGCAUCGAGUUCCGAGAGAGGAACGCUGGGCCACAGAUCGACCGCAACAUGAGAGAUGAAGGUUUCAGCAUCGUGGCCAAGGUGAAUCCCGACACUGGCUUUGUGUAUGGCGGCAAUCGUUUCAACUGUGGCACCUGGAUGGAUAAAAUGGGCGAGAGUGAAACGGCUCGCAACAAAGGCAUACCCGCUACACCUAGGGAUGGCUCAGCAGUGGAGAUUGUGGGCCUGUGUAAGUCUACCUUGCGCUGGCUGGUGGAGCUCCACAAGCAGGGCCAUUUCCCCCACACCACCAUGACCAUCCACAGAGACGGUAAACAACGCACCGUGUCCUAUGAAGACUGGAACCAAAAGAUCCAGAAUAACUUUGAGAAAAUGUUCUAUGUGUCUCAUGACCCCAACGACCCCAAUGAGAAGCACCCGAAGCUGGUCCACAAGAGGGGCAUUUACAAAGACAGUUUCGGCGCCUCCAGCUCCUGGUGCGACUACCAGCUCAGACCCAACUUUACAAUCGCCAUGGUGGUGGCUCCAGAGCUGUUUACUGUGGAGAGGGCCUGGGGGGCUCUGGAUAUUGUUGAAAAGAAGCUUCUUGGACCACUUGGAAUGAAGACAUUAGAUCCAGAUGACAUGGUUUACUGUGGCAUUUAUGACAACUCGCUAGACAACGACAACUACAACCUAGCCAGAGGCUUCAACUACCACCAAGGCCCUGAAUGGCUUUGGCCAGUAGGCUACUUCUUACGUGCCAAGUUAUAUUUUGCCAAGAAGCUUGGGAAGGAUACUUAUGACAAGACAGUGUUCCUGGUGAAGAAUGUUCUCUCUCGUCAUAAUGUCCACUUGGAAAGGUCACCCUGGAAGGGUCUGCCAGAGCUGACCAAUGAGAAUGGUCAAUACUGCCAAUUCAGCUGCGAGACACAAGCCUGGUCCAUCGCCACUAUUAUGGAGGUCCUCUACGAUAUGUGAGCUUUCAGGGGCUCAGGGCCACCUGCCUAAAGUCUUCCUGAAUGCUUUCUUCUGGUUGCACCUUGGCUUCUUGGAGCCAGUAAAAACAAUACACGAUCCAAUAUAUGCACUGUGAGGGACCGAAAGUCAAUUGCGCAAACCUGUGCUAUUUGAGUGUUGUUCAGAUAUCUGAUCCUAGGUUUUAACCUUCUUAGUGUAUUUCAAAACAAGAAUAUAUGAGGUAAUAACCCUUGAGUACUAGUUCCUCUAACAAAGAAUUUAAGUUUCAUGGGCAUGAGGGCCAUAAUCCUAUUGCUGGUUAUGUGACUGUGUUUCUGUAGUUAUGGUAGCAUAUGACCUAUUACCAUGUGUUUACUUGUUGAAGGCUGGGCAUCAUCUGUGAACUACUGUUUCUGUUAUAUAUGUGAAUGUAUUUAAAAAGAAAUGUAAAAUUAGAACAUUUCUUUUGAUGUUGGAGACUUGUAUCAUGGAUCUUGUUUGCAGCUCUGAGAUGAGCGAACAGGAGAAUUACAAAUAAACCACCAAGAGACCCAGAGUGA